CUGAGAGACCAUUUACUGUAUUUUGCUUAUUUAGCCUCAGAUUAUGGGGAAAUCUCCUUGGCUGGACUGUGUAACAAAGCAUUGGCUUUGCAGAAAUCAGUGGAGCCCAGCUAAUACAGCCAUUCCUGCUGCAAGGAAGAGUCUGCUGUAAAAAAGAACAACUUUGACUCCACUGGAGGUUGCUUUUGGGGCACAGAAUUGGAGAUGGAAAUGCAAGACUCCCAGUGAGGAAUUCUGGGGGAAGACUGUGGAGAAAAUGCAUAAGCAUGAAAAUAUGCUCAGUUCAGAUAUCCAGCAGUUCCAGGACCUGGAUGCCAAGGGGCCCCGGGAGGUCUGCAACCGAUUGCACAGUCUUUGCUGUCAGUGGCUCAAACCAGAGCGCCACACAAAAAACCAGAUGCUGGAUCUGGUGGUCUUGGAGCAGUUCCUGACCGUUCUCCCUCCAGAGAUGAAAAGCUGGGUCAGAGAAUGUGAGCCAGAGACCAGUUCACAGGCGGUGGCCCUGGCAGAAGGCUUCCUCCUCAGCCAGGAAGAGGAAUUGCAGCAGGAGCAGGGGCACUUAGCAGAAGGGACGGCCAAUAUCUCUGAGGCAGAGAAUUCUCCAUCGGACACCAAACAGAAGCCACUGUCCAGGGGGAUCUCUCUGGAGGGUGACGCAGAUGCUGCCUUGCUGGGCCAUGGCAUAGCAGUGGUGACUUGUCCAAGCUCUUCUGUCCUCGGUAGUGGUGAAGAAGAGGCUUCUAUACGACCAGCUCAGAGUGCUGUGUCUUUUGAGGAGGUGGCUGUGCAUUUCACGGAGGAGGAGUGGGCUCUGCUGGAUGCAGACCAAAGAGCCCUGCAUAGAGAAGUCAUGGAGGAGACUGGUCAGAAUGUGGCCUCUCUGGGUGAUAUGUGGAAGAGCAAGAAUAAGGGAGAACCUUUUAGAGCAUUAGUGGAAAGAGUGAGAUAUGAAAAGGAAGGACGGCAGGGAAAGGAAACUGUAGUAAACCAAGAAGGGAGGAAUGAAUCUACAGCACUUCAUGCUGGUGACCACCAGGAAACCCAAAUCCAAGAAAAAAUGCAUAAAAUGAAUGAACAGAGGCAGGGCUUUGCAUGUGAGAAAAGCUUAAGUUGUAAAUCAAGACUUAAUUGGACAGUCAGGAUAGGGGAGAAACCAUUUAAAUGUUUGGAGUGUGGGAAGAGCUUCAGUCAUAACUCACGUCUUAAAGAACAUCAAAGAAUUCACACAGGCGAGAAACCAUUUAAAUGUUUGGAAUGCAGGAAGGGCUUCAGUCAUAACUCACAUCUUACAGAACAUCAAAGAAUUCACACAGGAGAGAAACCAUUUCAAUGUUUGGCGUGUGGGAAGAACUUCAGACAGAAAUCUGUUCUUAAAAUACAUGAAAGAAAUCACAUGGAGGAGAAACCAUUUAAAUGUUUUGAGUGCGGGAAGAGCUUCAGUCAGAGCUCACGUCUUACAGUACAUCAAAGAAUUCACACAGGUGAGAAACCAUUUAAAUGUUUGGCAUGUGGGAAGAGCUUCAGACAGAAGUCAGUUCUUACAAUACAUCAAGUAAUUCACACAGACGAGAAACCAUUUAAAUGUUUGGAGUGUGGGAAGAGCUUCAAUCAUAACUCACGUCUUAAAGAACAUCAGAGCAUCCACAUAGGUGAGGAACCAUUUAAAUGUUUGGAGUGUGGAAAGAGCUUCAGUCAGAGCUCACGUCUUACAGAACAUCAAAGAAUUCACACAGGCGAGAAACCAUUUAAAUGUUUGGAGUGUGGAAAAAGCUUCAGACAGAAAUACGUUCUUAAAAUACAUGAAAUAAGUCACAUGGAGGAGAAACCAUUUAAAUGUUUGGAGUGUGGGAAGAGCUUCAGUCAUAACUCACGUCUUAAAGAACAUCACAGAAUUCACACAGGUGAGAAACCAUUUAAAUGUAUGGUGUGUGGGAAGAGCUUAAGUACGAAGUCAGGUUUUAAACAACAUGAAAGAAUUCACAUGGAGGUGAAACCAUUUCAAUGUUUUGAGUGCGGAAAGAGCUUCAGUCAGAGCACAACUCUUAGAGAACAUAAAAGAAUUCACACAGGCGAAAAACCAUUUAAAUGUUUGGAGUGUGGGAAGAGCUUCACUCAGAGCUCAUCUUUUUCAGAACAUCAAAAAAUUCACACAGGCGAGAAACCAUUUAAAUGUCUGGAAUGUGGGAGGAGCUUCACUCAGAGCUCUAAUCUUACAGAACAUCAAAGAAUUCACACAGGUGAGAAACCAUUUAAAUGUUUGGAGUGUGGGGAGAGCUUCCGUUUGGGCAGAGUUCUUAGAAAACAUGAAAAAAUUCACAUAGGGGAGAAACCAUUUAAAUGUUUGGAGUGUGGGAAGAGCUUCAGUCAUAAUUCACGUCUUACACAACAUCAAAGAAUUCACACAGGUGAGAAACCAUUUAAAUGUUUGGAGUGUGGGAAGAGCUUCAGACACAAGUCAGUUCUUACAGUACAUCAGAUAAUUCACACAGACGACAAACCAUUUAAAUGUUUGGAGUGUGAUAAGAGCUUCAGCCGGAGCUCACAUCUUACAGAACAUCAAAGAAUUCACACAGGGGAGAAACCAUUUAAAUGUUUGGCGUGUGGGAAAAGCUUCAGACAGAAGUCAGUUCUUAAAAUACAUGAAAGAAUUCACAUGGAGGAGAAACCAUUUAAAUGUUUAGAGUGUGGCAAGAGCUUCAAUCAUAACUCACGUCUUAAAGAACAUCAAAACAUCCAUAUAGGUGAGAAACCAUUUAAAUGUUUGGCAUGUGAGAAGAGCUUCAGACAGAAGUCAGUUCUUAAAAUACAUGAAAGAAUUCACAUGGAGGAGAAACCAUUUAAAUGUUUAGAUUGUGGGAAGAGCUUCAGUCAGAGCUCUAAUCUUACAGAACAUCAAAGAAUUCACACAGGUGAGAAACCAUUUAAAUGUUUGGAGUGUGGGAAAAGCUUCAGUCAGAGCUCAUCUCAUUCAAAACAUCAAAAAAUUCACACAGGCGAGAAACCAUUUAAAUGUUUGGAGUGUGGGAAAAGCUUCAGUCAGAGCUCAAAUCUAACAGAACAUAAAAGAAUUCAUACAGGCGAGAAACCAUUUAAAUGUUCUGAGUGUGGGAAGAGCUUCAGUCAGAGCUCACAUCUUACAGAUCAUCAAAGAAUUCACACAGACGAAAAACCAUUUAAAUGUCUGGAGUGUGGGAACAGCUUCCGUUUGUGCAGAGCUCUGAGAAAACAUGAAAAAAUUCACAAAAAUUCCCGUGUGGAUUUAUUCUCCAUCAUGGUGUCCCCCUUUCAUGUGGAAAGAGAACAUAAGAACAGCCCUGCUGGAUCAGGCCCAAGGCCCAUCUAGUCCAGCAUCCUGUUUCACGCAGUGGCCCACCAGGUGCCACUGGGAAACCCACAGGCAGGAGCCGAUGCCCUGUCCCCUCAUCUGCCAUUACUCCCCUGUAACUGGCAUUCAUAGGCAUCCUGCCAUUGAGGCUGGAGGUGGCCUAUAGCCCUCCAACUAGAAGCUGUUGAUAGACCUCUCCUCCAUUAAUUUAUCCAAACCCCUCUUAAAGCCAUCCAGGUUGUUGGCUGUCACCACAACUUGUGGCAGAGAAUUCCACAAGUUGAUUAUGCGUUGUGUGAAAAGGUUCUUCCUUUUGUUGGUCCUAUAUUUCUUGACAAUCAGUUUCAUCGGAUGAUUCAUGGUUCUAGUGUUAUGUGAGAGGGAAAAAGUUUUUUCUCUCUCAACUUUCCACACACCAUGCAUGAUUUUAUAGGCCUUUAUCUUGUCUCCUUUUUUUCUAAACUAAAAAGCCCCAGGUGUAGUCUUUCCUCAUAAGGAAGGUGCUCUAGGCCCCUGAUCAUCUUGGUUGCCCUCUUCUGCACCUUUUCCAGUUCUACAAAGUCCUUCUUAAGAUAUGGUGACCAGAAUUGUAUACAGUACUUCAAGUGUGGCCACACCAUAGUUUUGUAUAAGGGCAAUAUAAUAUUAGCAGUUCUAUUUUCAAUCCUCUUCCUAAUUAUCCCUAGCAUGGAAUUAGCUUUUUUCACAGCUGCUGCACCUUGAGUCAAUACUUUCAAUGAGCUGUUCACCAUGACCCCAAAAUCCAUCGCCUGGUCAGUCACCAACAGCUCAGAUCCCAUCAGCAUAUAUGUGAAGUUGGGGUUUUUUGCCCCAAUAUGCAUCACUUUAUACUUGCCAAAACCAAACUGCAUUUGCCACUUUGUUGCCCAAACCCUGAGUGGAGAUAUCCUUUUGGAGCUUUGCAUGAUCUGUUUUGCAUUUCAUGACCCUAAUUAGUUUGGUGUCCUUUACAAAUUUGGCCAUCUCUCUGCUUGUCCAACUUCUAGAAAUUUAUGAAUAAAUUAAAAAGCACCCAUCCCAGUACAGAUCCCUCUGGGACCACACUUCUUACUUCUCUCCAUUUAGAAAAAUGUCCAUUUAUACUGACCCUCUGUUUCCUGUCCUUCAACCAGUUACCAGUCCACACAUGAAUUUGUACCCUUAUCCCAUGACUGCUAAAUUUACUCAAGAGUCUUUGAUGAGGAACUUUGUCAAAAGCUUUUUGGAAGUCCAGAUAUAAUAUGUCAACUAGACCACCUUUUGAAAAUUGGCGUUACAUUGGCUACUUUCCAGUCCUCCGGUGUAGAGCCUGAUUGUAGGGAUAAGUUAUAUAUUUUUGCAAAGAGGUCAGCAAUUUCACAUUUGAGUUCUUUUAGGACUCUUGGAUGGAUGCCAUCUGAUGCAAAGAACUCAUUUAGCUUCUCUGCAAUCUCCAUAUCCUCAAUAAUCCCUUUCACUCCUCGUCAUCUAACGGUUCAACUUCCUCCCUGGCAGGUUUCCUGCUUCUGAUGUAUUUAAAGAAGUUUUUGUUAUUCCCCUUAAUGCUUUUAGCUAAAUGUUCCUCAAACUCUCUUCUCGCCUCCCUUAUUGUCACCUUGCAUUUCUUUUGCCAGAGUUUGUGUUCCUUUCAUUUCUGUUCAUUUGUGCAGGCCUUCUAACUGGGCUUCUAGUAUUGUGGUUUUAAGUAAACUCCAUGCGUUCUGCAGCAAAGCGAUUCUCUUGAUUUCCCUUUUCAGUUUUCUUUUCAUCAAACUCUUCCGUUUAGAGAGGUUUCAUCUUCUGAAAUUCAAAGUGUUUCUGUUAGACUUCCUUGGCCACUCUCUUCCCACAUGUAUGCUGAAUUUGAUCGCACUAUGGUCACUGUUCCCUAAAGGAUCCAAGACACUGGUAUCUCGCACGAGGUCCUGGGUGCCACACAGGAUUAAGUCCAAGCUCGCCUUCUCUCUGGUUGGACUCCAGUCUGUGUGUGGGUAAUUGAGUUACCCAUUACUGCUUUGUCUCUCCUUGAUGCCUCCCUGAUUUCCUUCUGCAGCUCCCAGUCACUGUCAGUGUUUUGAUCCAGAGGGCGAAAGCAUGUCCCCAUUACCACAUUUUCUUUCAGGCCUUGUAUUGUCACCCACAGAGUUUCUGUGGAGGACUCUGGUCCUCCUUGGCUUUCUAGCUUGUUAGAUUCUAUCCCUUCUAACAUACAGUGCUAUUCCACCUCCAAGUCUCCCCUCCCUCUCCUUUCUAUAGAGUUUGUAUCCAGGGAUAAGUGUUCCACUGGUUCUCCCUGUUCCACCAUGUUUCCAUUAUGCACACUAUAUUUAUGUUUUCAUUAGCAAUCAAACACUCUAGCUCUCCCAUCUUGGCUUGGAGGCUUCUGGCAUUGGCAUAUUUGCACCUAUACACUGAAUCUCUUACCUGAUAUGUGCUAUCUUUCUUUUGGCUCUUUGACCUCUUUUACCAGCUGCUCUUUAUCUGAGUCUUUUACACCCCCUCACCUUAAGGGAUGACCCUUGCCAAACUGUAUACUGCGCAGGUCCUGUCAGUUAUCCCCCCAGGCAUCAUUUUAAAAGCUGCUCUGUGACCUUCUUGAUUUAAGCGCCAGCAGUCUGGUUCCAUCUUGGUUCAAUUGGAGCUUCAGUCAAAGGUCUGACCUUACAAAACAUGAAAAAACUCACAGAGGAGAAAAAGCAUUUAAAACGUUGGAGUGUGGGAAGAGUUUCCUUCAGCAGUCAGAUCUUUCUAACCAUCAACCAAUUCACCCAGGAUAAAAGCCAUUUAAUUGUUUGGAGUGCGGUAAAAGUUUCAAUCAGAGCUCAAGUUUUACGAAUCAUGAAAGAAUUCACAAUAGGGGAGAAACCAUUUAAAAGGUUGGUGUGCAGAAAGAACUUCAGUCAGAACUCCAGUCUUCCACCAUCUGAAACCAUGCACACAGUUGUAUUAGGAUAUUUAUGGUUGGAGUGCUGAAAGAUUGCCACUUGGUAUGCAAAAUUUCCUUUCCACCAAAUAAGCCAUGCAGGCUAAGAACAAUAUAAAUGCUUUGAAUCAGGGGUGUACUGUUAAUAAGAGAAGGGGAGACGAAUGUCUCCUGGCCCACAGCCUCUGAGGGGCCCCCAAGGCCAGUCCUUGCUGCAUUGGGAAGAGUGGCCCAAGCCCUUCUCUACCGGAGCUGCUCUUGGGAGGUUAAUCUACCAACCACCUGCUACUGGGUACGGAGGCGAUGCAAGACAAAAGCUGGGCCCUUGGGAUCAAAGGCAGCGGGCAUGCCCAGGAGGAGGAGCAGCAGCAGAAUGGUGGGUGAGGGCUCUCAACUCCUUCCCCGUUCUUGGGUCUUUCCAGCAGAAGCCUCAAAUCCUGCACUGCGAUCUUGAGUUUGCAGGGACAAGGCAAGAGAAGGGUUGGCAAGGCAAGAGAAGUAGUGAGGGACAAGGCAGGGACAAGGCAAGAGAAGUAGAGAGUCCUAGAGAGACCCUUGAGUAAUGAGAUUCCUAGAGUGGCCCGUGUGUAAAGAAAGCAUCUGGCUCACCUACCUGCGGAAGGCAGUAGUUGAUUUCUCCUGCUAGCAUUAGCUUCUGCGGAGACCUGGUGAGUGCAGAGGGGAUGUAGGGUGCAGCAAGCAAGCAGGGAAUAUGAGUGCAGCAGCCGGGGAGGAAGGGCAUGUGGGCAGUCCCAUAGCCAUGAGUAUGAGCUGCAGUCCCUGCAAGCAGGUUCUCUGUGACUCCCGAUUUCUCUUUUGACAAGGAUUAAAGCACCAGCCCUGAUCUUA